UCAGCUCAUUGUGCAGAGAGCUGUGUCCACGGCCGCUGCAUGGCCCCCAACACCUGCCAGUGUGAGCCGGGCUGGGGGGGCUCCAACUGCUCCAGUGCUUGUGACAGCAGCCACUGGGGUCCCCACUGCAGUAACAGAUGUCAGUGCCAGAACGGCGCUCUGUGUAACCCCAUCACCGGGGCCUGCAUCUGCACUCCUGGGUACAGAGGAUGGCGCUGCGAGGCCCAGUGUGAAGUGGGCGCCUACGGGAACGGAUGCCAGCAGAAAUGCCAGUGCCAGAAUGGAGCCGCCUGUCACCAUGUGACCGGAGAAUGCAAGUGCUCACCAGGAUACACUGGAGCUUUCUGUGAAGCCCUGUGUCCUCCAGGUAAACAUGGACAGCAGUGUGAGGAGAGAUGUCCGUGUCAGAACGGAGGAGUGUGUCACCAUGUGACUGGAGAGUGCUCCUGUCCUUCAGGAUGGAUGGGUACAGUGUGUGGACAGCCAUGUCCAGAGGGGAGAUUUGGACAGAACUGUUCCCAGGAAUGUCAGUGUCACAACAAUGGCUUCUGUGUGCUGGCCACUGGACAGUGUCUCUGCAGCCCUGGGUACACGGGAGAACGCUGCCACCCAAUGUCAGGGGAGUGCACGUGUCAGCCGGGCUGGUCCGGCCUCUACUGCAACGAGACGUGCACCCCGGGCUUUUAUGGCGAGUCCUGCCAGCAGGCGUGCCAGUGCCAGAACGGUGCUGACUGCCACAGUGUGGGCGGAGAGUGUAUCUGCGCUCCAGGGUUCACGGGUCCGAACUGUUCAGUCCUCUGCCCAGCUGGGACGCACGGAGCCCACUGCUCCUCCAUCUGCACCUGCAAGAACAGAGCACAGUGCUCACCUGUGGACGGAUCCUGCUCCUGUAAACCAGGGUGGCACGGGGUGGACUGCUCCAUCAACUGCCCCAGCGGGACCUGGGGGCUGGGCUGCAACCUCACCUGUCUGUGUGCCAACGGGGGGGCAUGCAACGCCCUGGACGGUCUCUGCACCUGUGCUCCGGGCUGGAGGGGGGAGCGCUGUGAACUCCACUGCCAGGACGGCGCCUACGGGCUGGACUGCAGAGAGCGCUGCGACUGCAGCCACGCUGAUGGAUGUCACCACGCCACGGGGCACUGCCGCUGUCUGGCCGGAUGGACAGGGAUCCACUGUGACAGUGUGUGUGCCGAGGGCCGCUGGGGCCCAAACUGCUCCCUCCCCUGUAACUGUAAGAACGGCGCGUCGUGCUCUCCGGAUGAGGGGACCUGCGAGUGUGCUCUGGGAUACCGAGGCCCCACCUGCCAGAGAAUCUGCUCUCCAGGUUACUUUGGUCACCGCUGCAGUCAGACCUGUCCCCAGUGUGUCCAUAGCAACGGGCCGUGUCACCACGUCACGGGACAGUGUGACUGCCUGCCAGGCUUCAAGGGGGCGCUGUGUAACGAGGUGUGUCCCAGCGGUCGCUUCGGGAAGGUCUGUGCGUGGAGCUGCAGCUGCACCAACAACGGCACCUGUAACCCCAUCGACGGCUCCUGCCAGUGUUACCCAGGCUGGAUCGGCAGCGACUGCUCCCAGCCGUGUCCGCCGGGUCAGUGGGGGCCCAACUGCAUCCACACAUGUAACUGUCACAACGGAGCCUACUGCAGCGCUUAUGAUGGAGAAUGCAAAUGCACCCCCGGAUGGACCGGCCUCUACUGCACUCAGCGCUGUCCCUUAGGCUUCUAUGGGAAGGACUGUUCUCAGACCUGUCAGUGUAGGAAUGGAGCCGACUGUGAUCACAUCUCUGGACAGUGCACCUGCCGCACCGGAUUCAUGGGACGCCACUGUGAACAAAAGUGUCCACAUGGUUCCUAUGGUUACGGCUGCCGUCAGGUCUGUGACUGUCUAAAUAACUCCACGUGUGAUCACAUGACUGGUACAUGUUACUGCAGCCCGGGCUGGAAAGGAACUCGCUGCGACCAAGCUGGUGUGGUGGUGGGCAGCCUCAACAGUUUGACCAGCGCAGCCAUGCACGUGGACACGUACCAGAUCGGAGCCAUCGCGGGGAUCAUCGUCCUGGUGCUGCUGGUGCUCUUCCUCCUGCUCCUCUUCGUCGUCUACAGGAAGAAACAGAAGGGCAAGGAGCCGAGCAUGCCCGCCGUGAGCUACACCCCGGCUCUGAGGGUCCCGGCUGAUUACAGCAUCGCAGAUGCUCACGCUCCGGCAUGCGAGGCCCACCCUAGCAACUACUUCUCCAACCCCAGCUACCAUACUCUGACCCAGUGCAUCGGGCCCCCGCAUCUCAACAAUGGCCCAUAUGGAAAGGCCAAGAGCAGCCAGCUGUUUGUGAACAUGAAGAACGUAGAUCAGAGGAAGAGGGCGACCGUAGCGGAGCACACUGGCACGCUGCCGGCAGACUGGAAACAAGAAGACUGCUUCAAUGAACUGGGAGCCUACGGAGUGGACAGGAGAUACAUGGGGAGAUCUCUACGAGAUCUGAAGGGCACGCUGUAUCACGCCAGCUCCUGUUCCCUUGAAAGCUCUGAAAACCCAUACGCCACGAUAAAGGACCCUCCCCUGCUGACAGCCAAAAACAUAGAGUGUGGCUACGUGGAAAUGAAGUCACCGGCCAGACGGGACUCACCUUACGCUGAGAUCAGCAACAGCAGCCCGACCGACAAGCGCAAUGUGUACGAAGUUGAGCCGACCGUGAAUGCCAUCCAGCUGACUGGAGACAGCGACGGCCGGUUUGCUCAAGAUCCGUACGACCUUCCGAAGAACAGCCACAUCCCCUGUCACUACGACCUGCUGCCAGCCAGAGAGAGCCCCUCCCCACAGGACAAGGAGCUGGACAGGGAAUGAUGGCACAGAGACUCAGCACAGAGACCAGCUCUCACCUCCAGUCUGCAGCUCCGGCAGCAACAGGCCCACUAUACACCCACAACAUGCUUUCACUUGUUUUCUCGCUGUUCUACGGCCGUAAUUAUGUACCAUGACGUCUUUCUGAACAAAGUGGGUAUACAAGAGUUUGAAGGUUAAUUUGUCUGGGAGCUACGGUCUGAGUGUGCUUUGAACAAAGCAGAUUGAAUGAUGCCGUGUCUGACCACUGCUAACAGCAACUCUUCCAGAUGGCCCCACUCAGCGGGGGGUUAGAACAGCCUGCUCCUAGACUCUGCCGACGGCCUCUCUGGUCUCUCUCCAACUCGCAGCCUCGACACGACAACUGCCACUAACGGGGAAGCAAGUGCAAAGCCUCUGUGGCUCCAUCACUUGAUUGUAUAUGUGAAGGGAAAGUGACCCUUCCACCCCACCGCACACCUCGCACGCAGAACUGGACCUGAUUGUUGGAUUUUUCGGAAGGUUACUGGUUGCGUCUGAAGUCGCAUACUAAGCCCUACGUACUCAACGGACGCACCGAAGCUGUCAUUUUCAACGUCACUUCCUGAGGGCCUCCUUGUCGUUGAAGACGUGUAACCAUGGUAACCCCUGCCUUAAAACGCUUAAAAAGGAAAUCAACUAGAGCAACAGUCGCAGGGGACAAAAUCCCAAUCACAUGGAAAAAGUGGCUGCUGCCCUUUUGUCUGUGAUGAACUUUGUUGUUACUGCCGCAUUGCAUUGUGGGAUACUGAUGCUGGCAUAGUGUCCAGUGUUUGCAUACUAUAAUGUUUCACUGGAAAUAAUAUGCAAUUCACAUACGAUUGGUUUCAUACUAGGAUUUUGGACGUACUUUAAUCUCUUAUACUGUUUUAGCUCCGGCUAUUGACGUGUUAGUGUAGAUUCAAUCAGUGCCUUGGUUUCAGAUGCUGUUACCUGAUCUGAGUACUGGGUUUCACACAUACUAAAGCCUCAAUGAUGUUUGUGUAAAAGAUUCCAUCCGAUCUCUAUUUUUGUAACAACUGUACUUGCAAAACGGCUAAUUGGAUUGAGUAUUAGCAGCUGUAUCAAAUAUUAGCUGUUUGUUAAAGUUUCAUUAGGUAGAGUGUUAGAGGCGAGCUGCUGACCGUCAGGGCUGGGUUGGUAUCUGACUUAACCAAAGGUACAAGUUCCAUUAAAAUACUUUUUUUAUCAGCAUGUUUUAAUGCACUGUGAUCAGAGCUCAGCCGGGUAUAAUGUCAUCUGUGUGACGCCCGCUUAAAGAAAGUCUCCCAACAAGCUCCCCACAGUAG